AUGGAACAUAAUUGCAUGUAUUUUAACAGCGGUUGUAAUCUAACUGGUAAUUUCAUGUGUGACCAAGGUAAAGCGUUCGAAUCUGCAAUCAGAGAAGGACAUGGCAAAGAGGCAAUUACUUGUGUCACUCAUUUGUCUAAGAAUUUAAUCAGGAACGCAAAGGGGAGAGUGAUAGAGGCAUUCCAGGCAGCAACCCACACACUUGAUCCGCAAGUAUAUGGGGAAUCUAUCAACGAAUUGAUAAAAAAAUUUCCAGAAAAUAAAAGGAAUUCCGGUAAUUCGACUUUCAAGAAACUCACUCAAAGCCCACGAUCCUUUUCCAGAUUGAAACGUGACUGCCCUCAUUGGGAAAUAUUUACUACAAAUCCUGUUGAACAAUCCCAUUCAAUUAUAAAGGUGUUGAAAAGAGAGAGUCUCGUGAACAUGAUAGUGAAUUUAACAUCCUGCCAAAUUAGUUGCCAUAAUAGACUUUUCCUGAACCCACAUUUUCAGGCUCCGCCGAUAUACCUUCCAUUGCUAAUACGUCCCCAUUUGAGUUGA